AUGCCUCCAGCUCGAGCCGCGUCGACUAGGCGGGCUGUCACGAACGAGAAUGACGAGAACAGUGCUUCAGGAACGACGCGUCUUACAAGAUCAAAGUCUGCUGCUUUCACUGAAGAUGUUGCUGGUGCUGCCAAGAAGCCACUCCAAUCGAAGAAGUCUGGCAUCAACACACAAGUGGCACAACCACUCCGCAAGCGCGCUGCUUUGGGAGAUGUAAGCAAUGUCACAAAGGGAGAUGUCGUCGAUGGAAAGAAGAAUGUAGGAAAGGGUGGUCUCGUGUCAAAGGCAGCUCAACCUACUGGUGUCCAGAAGAGCCUGUCACGGACAAAUUCUAGCCGAUCUGUUCUAGGAGCCAAGGACAUGAACAAGAAGUCUUCGGACACAAAACGAACUGGUUCAGGAUCGGGUGUCAUGGCUGUUAAGAGAAAGACAAGCGAGUCCUCGAGCACAUUCUCAAUCAAGGAAGAAACACCAGCGGAAGAAGAGCAACCACUUAGAAAGAAGAUUCACCUCGAGCAAGUUGAACGACGAAUCACUGUUGAGGAGUAUAAGGAGAAUGAAGUCGUACAAGAUGUCGAGCCGAAGGCAUCCGUUGCACAACAGUUUGCAGAAGGAGUCGAGGAUCUAGACCGUGAAGAUCUUGAAGACCCCUUGAUGGUGGCGGAAUAUGUUGUUGAGAUCUUCGAGUACUUGAAGAAGUUGGAGGUUGAUACUCGGCCCAACGCAGACUACAUGGACCACCAAGAAGACUUGGAGUGGAAGAUGCGAGGUAUCCUUGUCGACUGGCUCAUCGAAGUACACACGCGUUUCCAUCUCCUUCCAGAAACCCUGUUCCUCGCAGUCAACAUCAUCGACCGUUUCCUCUCAACCAAAGUCGUUCAGCUUGACCGCCUUCAACUCGUUGGUGUUACCGCUAUGUUCAUUGCCUCCAAGUACGAAGAGGUUCUGUCUCCUCAUGUUGCCAACUUCCGUCACGUCGCCGACGAUGGGUUCACGGAGGCAGAAAUUCUGAGUGCUGAGCGAUACGUCCUCACUGCUCUCAACUAUGAUCUGAGCUACCCCAACCCAAUGAACUUCCUUCGCCGCAUCUCGAAGGCCGACAACUACGACAUCCAAACCCGAACCCUUGGCAAGUACCUCAUGGAGAUCAGCCUACUUGACCACCGCUUCAUGCACUUCCUUCCUAGUCAUGUCGCAGCUGCAUCGAUGUAUCUCGCUCGCAAGAUCCUUGAGAGAGGUGACUGGGACCCAACCUUGACUCAUUAUGCUGGCUACACCGAAGAGGCGAUUCAACCAGUAUUCAAAUUGAUGGUCGACUACCUUGCCCGUCCUGUCACCCACGAAGCUUUCUUCAAGAAAUACGCAAGCAAGAAGUUUCUCAAGGGUGAGAAAUGCUCCUCGUUGCUUCAUAUACCCGAACUGACCUUCGCAGCAUCUAUUCUUACUAGACAAUGGGCCAAGAAGCACGCCGCCGAGCUCGGAGUUGAUGUCUCUGUUCCCCUAGAUACCGCCGCUCGAUAG